AGACAUCGCCUGAUCCAAAACCUUGCAGACUGCGGCGCUUAUUUUUUCCGGUAGGUUGUUUCUCAGCGUAUCGGUGCGGCCACGACUCACGCGCACACGCACGCACGCACACACGCAAAGAGCGUAGAAACAGGCGACGUGCACCGAAGGAUUUGGCGUCCCCGCACAGCCGUCGGGUUUUUUUUUUCUGUCUUCCUCCGAGACAUUUAGCUUUACUGGCUUGCAAAGGAAGGUUUAUCCGGUGCAACUCAACGCUAAAAAGAGUUCCCAAACCGCCAUUCUUCGCACCGUGUCGUUUAAACCUUUCGCAGUGGAGCUGAACCGAAGAGGUUGGAGUGCUCUGUGCUUCUACGCUGCUAUUUUUUUAUUCUCAAUUUUCACUCUCUUUCGUCUUGCGCACCGAAUCAUCGUUAUUUUUCUUUCUUUUCAAAUACUAUUUCCCCUCGUGACAUUGCUUCUCUUUGACUGUUGAUUUAUCUUCCGUAUCAGCCGCUGGUGUGAGGUUGGCGGGAAACGUGUGGCACGCAUCGCAGCAACAACGCAGGGAGACUCUUCUUUUCUUUCUUUCUAUUUCCUGCCAACGAUGGACAGGGUUUAUGUGAAGUCGUGCGGCGAGUUCUCCGCGGGGUGCACGAACUGGAAUGAAGCCUACCAGCUUGCACUGGAGAAGGAUGACAGCACGCUAAAGUCUGCCUCCGCGCGCCAGGCAGAGCUGAUGCGUGUUGAAAAGGCUUUUGAAGAGGAGGCUUUGAAGGCUGCAAUGAAAAUUGUGCUGAUGGAGGCCGAUGCCCCGCGACAGGUGCCACAGGCGUUGCUGUGCUACCGUGAUAAGAACGUGCUUUUCCGCGUGCUUCCGGACUGCCGAUCGGGCCGCAGCAUCGUGGCAGCGCUGCGCGGCGUGCUGCUGAGCGGCAGCAGCGUGCUGACGGUGCCCUUAACCGUCUUCUUUGUGUAUCGAGGCACACCCGUACUGGCUCAGGCGCUCGCCCCGCUCGGGCCGGAGCCGCAGAAGUUGCACGGCGACGACGCAGAACCGAACGCGGAAGUGGUCGCGGAGGUGGAGAUCAUCGCUGACGCACUCAACACGCCGCUGCCGGACCAAAUCGUGUGCGAGGUCUACCGCGGACUUGACGGACGCAAGUAUGUAGCAAACACAAACAUCACCACCAUCGCGCUCGACGACUCCACGCUGAUCAGCGGGCCGCUGAAGCGAACGGAGAUGCUGGUGCUGUCCCCCUGCGUGACGGCCACCUGCGAGGACACUCUCAACGUGCUCCGCAACCCUGCUGUGAUGGAUGCCUUGCUCCACGUGCUGGACGCCCCUCUGGAGCAGCAGGGCCACCUCCUCAGCGGGACCCUUCAUUUCUACGGCAUUAAUUUGUGCCUGUUGAAGGGCGUGCUGGACGCUUUCCAGAACAAAUUCGGAGACGACGCCCCCUCCUGUCGCGGCUUUGCCGAAGCGGUCGCCAUUGAGAUGAUGGCGCGCACCAUCAAACAGGAGUUUUACACGGAAGUACAAGGGAAGCGGCUCGGCAUGGACGAUGUCGGCAUCAGCAAGUGCUUGGCGCUGCAUCUGCGCGCCGCCUUUCACGACGAGGGGAAGGAGAGGUUUGCCUCCCUGGUGCUGCGCAAGUACUCCGUCGGCAACGGUAACGGCGAGGCCGAGACGCUUCGGCGGGUGCUGCGGGAGGUGCGCCGCGAGCACCGCAGUCUUAUCGUGGAGCGUGUGUCCUGGCUCGUCGGGGCACGAAGCGCACUGCCAGUCGACGUCGGUGCAUAUCAGCGCACCGUCGUGUGGAUCUCGCGCGUGGCAAGCCGCAUAACGCCGCCGAUGCGUGAGCCGUCGCUGCUGUGCUCGCUGGAGCCGCUGUUCCGGAACUCGCCGACCUGCGAGGCGCACGUCUACGCCUUCUGCUGCCCGGUGCAGAUUAAAGUGGCGGUGUGGCAGAGGCGAAUGGGCGACGCCCUCAACCUUGCUAGCGCUGCGGCAGAGCACGUCAGCGCGCGGUACGGGCCGGCGUCCAUACGAGCGGUGCAGGCGCAGCGCACCUUCGCGAAGCUGCUGUUUGGUGUCCCCGCCUUGGACAACAUCCGCGAAGCGCUGCAGAUGGUCACACCGAUGCUGCAGGUCUACGAGGACCGCGCCGGUCCCGUUACGCGAGCCCGGUGCCACAUCGAGGUGGGCUGCUGCUUGUUGGGGGCGUCGUCGGUACUCGACGUGCUCGGCGAGGCGGCCCAGCACUUUCGGAUGGCGGAGCGGCUACUACCUGCUUGGCUGCGCAGUUCCAGUGGGGCGUGGCUGUACUUGCAGCCGAGUUUCGGAUUGGUGCGGUGCCACCAGCUAGGGCAGAAGAGCGCGUCCGUGCCACUCACGACGCUGGUGGGCGACGCCGUUUACUUUUCCCGUGUCGUCGCCCCGGCCGACUACUGCACGGAGUACCUGUGGGAGCUCGGGAUGGAGCUGGCGGCCGACCGCGACUACGAGGAGGCGACGCAGGUACUGACGGCAGCCUACGCGAUGGCGAAGCGGACGCCGCAGUCGGUGCUGGAUGUGGAGGGCCUGCGCGACGACACGUUUCGUGUUUAUAGUGAGUGGGACCCGGAGCACUACGCCGCCUACUGCGCCGCCGUUGCGGAGAACUCGAGCGCGUAA